UCAGUUUCCACUUGUUUGGACUCUUUCUCUCUCUCGCUCGCUCUUUCUUCUCUUACUUGGCUUCAACUCUCACUUUCCCGCUACUUCGUGUCGAUCUCUCUCUCGAUGGCAUCUCCAUCAAACCCUAACCAAAGCUCGCUUCAGAGCUCUUUUUCCUAAUCAGAAUCUUCAAAAAGCCCCACAAUUGACUUCCAGAGUGAUCAUGAUAGAGGUUAAGAAGGAGGAAGAGUAUGUUAUGGAUUUAACGAAAGAGGUCGGAUUGUCUACAUUUUCUCCGGUUUCUGAUAGCAGUGGUGAUACCUUUACUCAAAGAUCACCAUCUUCUCAGGCUGCUGAUUGGACGCUGUUUUUUAGUCUUAGGAAGACAACAAUUAGACGAUCAUCACAAGCAGGCUGGACAGAGGAAGAGGAUAAUCUUUUAAGUGAAUAUGUCAAAAAGUACAAUGGGAGAAAUUGGAAGAAAAUAGCUGAAUGCCUUUCUGGACGGACAGAUGUUCAGUGCUUGCAUCGUUGGCAGAAGGUUCUUAAUCCUGAACUUGUCAAAGGACCAUGGACAAAAGAUGAAGAUGAUUGCAUAAUUGAAUUAGUGGAGAAAUAUGGGUGUAAGAAAUGGUCUGUUAUUGCGAAGUUCUUACCAGGUCGAAUAGGAAAGCAGUGCCGAGAAAGGUGGCACAACCAUUUAGACCCAGCUGUAAAGAAAGAAGCAUGGACCAAAGAGGAGGAAGCUAUACUUACUUGUUACCACAAAAUAUAUGGUAACAGGUGGGCAGAGCUUGCAAGGUUUCUACCUGGAAGGACUGAUAAUGCUAUUAAAAAUCACUGGAAUUGCUCAGUGAAGAAGAAGUGGGAUUUAAAUCUGCCUCCCAGUUUGUACUCCCAAUUCCUUGCUGCAUCUCCUGAUUUCUGCAGCACUGAAACAAAAUCAGUAUGUGCUGAGGUUACUGUAGACAGACAUAAUCUCACUGAAGUGUCUGUUGAUCUUUCAAGGGGUAAAGAGCAUGUUGGUGAUGCUUGUUCAACAGAGUUGGUUCUUGGAAAUGCUAAUUUAGGUGAGAAUCGUUUAGAAUCAAAUCCUUCUAUGCUAGGUGCCUGUAGAUUUUCAGAAGCAGGGUUAAAUAAACUGAUAAGUCCACUUAGGAGGAUCCAGUUUAAUGGGACAGCUAUCGCAAGUCGUUUGACUAAUGAACCAUCUCAAGGCAAUGAUCAUCAUGAUAUUCGUGGCACCUUUCAAGCCUCUUCUUCAGAUGAUUUAGUUGUUGCAUCUUGUUCAACUAAAUCCAGUUUUACCCCUCUUGAUGUUGUUCUUCCUGUCACUACUGAGAAAACAUUUGAAUCACCCAAAAGGCAAAGAGGUCGUGAUCUGGAUGUUGUGAAUUUGGAAUCUAGGAGCUUGUUAGACAAUUCCUUCUUAUGUUUGUCGACGUUUGGAGUUAGGGAGCACAAUGGUCAUGUUAGCAAGAAAAGCAGAGUCGAUGAAACACAUCAUCUAGAUGACAAACACUUUGGUUGCUUGUGUUAUAAGCCACCCCAAUUGAAGGAUUUUGUUAUUCCUGAUGAAAAUGGUGGUCGAUGUCCAAGUGUGGAGAACCAUGUUAGGCGUGCUAACAGUCAGGUCCAUUUUUCUACUCCUCCUGACCUUGCACUAAGUAUCUCUUUUAAUAGUAGCAGUCCAGAAUCCAUGUUGAGGAACUCCGCAAUGAGUUAUAAGAAUACUCCUUCAAUAAUAAGAAAGCGAGCUUCUAGAGAAGCUGGCAGUGGUAACUAUUCUGUGCGCAACUGCACUCCUGCAAGGAUGAUUUCAUGUACUAGUGAAGCAGAUUUUGUCAAUGUGAAGCAGGAUGCACAUUCUCCAUUUCAUAGACCUAAAAUAUCAGUUGCUGAUAAAUCUCGGGAAAGACGUCUGGAAUGUGAAUUUGAUAAGGAAUGGGAUUCAGCAGUAGCAAGAUGUUGCACCCCAGUUUCUACAUCUGCAUCAUCUGGUCUCAACUUUGGUGCAAAUAUGAUGUUGACUCCUUAAAAUCUGUUGAAUUGGUUUUUCUUUGCAGGACUUUACCUUGUAUAUCAUAUAUUUGACUUCAGGAAAUACUAAAGACAUAAUAGAGAGCAGUUUUACGGCAUUUGGAAAUAUAGAGACAAUUUUGUUGCAUUGCAUUCUGAAAGAACUCUCAAGUACAUGGCAGAUCAUCUAUUGCAUGCAGAUUGAAGUUAAAGAUGAAAUAUAUGUUGCUCUUACAAUCAACACUGAAGCAUCCCAGCCUAUAUUCAAGACAGAAUCAAAUCAGGCAAAGUGCAAAUGUUGCCGAGACAACGUGGCACGCAUACUGUUGGAAUUGCCCAUUCCAGCAAGUGUAUAAUGUUGGAACUUGGAACUCGAUACAUAUGUUGGUUUUCCUUCUGUACUGUUAGAAGAGAUGCCUGAGAAUAAUUUUUUUUGUUGCGUAAACCUCUUUCAUGUUGGCAUUUUUUCCCUUUUAAAGUAGUAAUGAAUACACAAAACCGGAGUUUGAUUA